UACCGUCAUAACGCUGUCUUCAAGUAUCGUGGUUUGGCGUGUCGAUUAAGGCGGAUCGUAGGUCAGUUUUCAGUACCAGGAAGUUUAUGUGUACUUGGUUCAUUUUCUAAAUUCUAGCUCCAACGUUGUUAUUUCUGUUUACGGGGAGUGUUAUAGAGGAGGAGGAAGAUGAAUAUGCAAACUGGACGCAGAGGAAUUCAUGUUGAUCAGUCAGACCUACUAUGUAAAAAAGGAUGUGGGUUCUAUGGCAACCCUGCCUGGCAGGGAUUCUGCUCCAAGUGCUGGCGAGAUGAGUAUCAGCGAGUCAGGCAAAGGCAGAUUCAGGAAGAUUGGGAACUUGCUGAACGCUUACAGCGUGAGGAAGAAGCAGCUUUUGCUAACAGCCAAGGGGCUCAAUCGCUCACAUUUUCAAAGUUUGAGGAGAAGAAAACCAAUGAGAAAACAAGGAAAGUUACUACUGUGAAAAAGUUUUUCACUCCAUCAUCAAGGGCCUCAACUAAAAAAGAAAUUCAAGACAUCAAGGCCCCAAGCCCGUCCUUGAGCAGACAAACUAGUAUUGAGACUGAUGAGGUAUCCAAGGAUUUUGUGGAGUUUCUCAAAACGUACCAUAAAGUUGGGCAGUUUAUCUUCAAACAGUGCAGAUUAUAUAUUGAAGAUGUACAUCUUAAAAAGGAGCUAAGUGUUGAGGAACAGUCUGAGUGUGUUCAGGAUUUCUACCAGAGCAUGGCAGAUAGAUUGCAAACACGCUGGAAACUACCUGCAGAUCGUGUAGAGAAGGUAAUGGAUGAGAUUGAGAAGUACAUCAUGACUCGUUUGUACAAAAAUGUGUUUUGUCCUGAAUCAACUGAUGAUGAAAAGAAAGAUUUGGCCAUUCAAAAGCGAAUUAGGGCAUUGCACUGGGUAACUCCACAGAUGUUGUGUGUUCCUGUGGAUGAAGAAAUUCCUGAAGUUUCUGAUAUGGUUGUGAAGGCGAUUACAGACAUUAUUGAGAUGGAUUCAAAGAGAGUUCCACAGGACAAGCUUUCAUGUACCACCAGGUGCAGCAAACACAUUUUUAAUGCUAUAAAGAUUACAAAGGAUGAGCCAGCUUCUGCUGAUGACUUCUUGCCAACCCUGAUCUACAUUGUCUUGAAGGCUAAUCCUCCCCGUUUGCAGUCCAACAUUCAGUAUAUAACUCGCUUCUGUAACCCUAGCAGACUCAUGUCUGGAGAAGAUGGAUACUACUUUACCAAUCUGUGUUGUGCUGUUGCUUUCAUUGAAAAAUUGGAUGGUCAGUCACUGAACCUAAGUCAGGAAGAGUUUGAACGCUAUAUGUCUGGACAGGCAUCUCCUAAGAAACAAGAUUCUGAGGAUUGGUCUCCUGACAUUUGUCUUGGUCUCAAACAGAUUUAUAAAAAUCGAAGACUCCUUUCACAAAUGAAUGAGAGACAGGAAAAGAUUAUUGCUGAAGCAAAGAAGCUAGAAAAAGAUCUUAUAGACUGGACUGAUGGAAUAGCAAAGGAGGUUCAAGAUAUAGUUGACAAGUAUCCCUUGGAUAUUAAACAGAAAAAACAGACUUUGGUUGCUAUAGAUUCAGAGAAUGUUGAAAAUGACAAAUUGCCACCUCCAUUACAGCCACAAGUUUUUGCAGGCUAAUGGAAAAUGUAUAAAAUCGUAAUGGGGUCAAAUCCUCAAGUUAUGAACAUUUUUAUGAAAGUAAUAACACUCUACUGCUACCCGAGUACUGUAAAUCUGUUGUUACUGAUUCAUAUCCGGAUCUAUUUAAAACCAAAAAAGUAGACAGACCUGUUAUUUUACAAAAUAGACUAUCAUACUGUGCUGAAAAUUGGACAUUUUUGGCACUUGAACAUCUGCAUUCAGGGAAUUGACUGCUAGUUUUAACUUUAAGAAGAAUAACCUGUUGAAGGAUUGGUACCUUAGCUGUAUGCUGUACAGAAACACAUUGUCUGGAAUUUCAAAUUAGGCACUUAAGUACUUUUUUUUUUUCAAAUGCAUAUGGCUUGGCUGAGAUUGAAAGUCUGUUGAGCUGGUAUUUGUUUUUAGCAGGUUAGGCAUAACUUGGUGAUGGCAAACCUUUUGGGCUCGGCAUGUCAAAAAAUUGGAAAAUGCCUGUCUUGACUCUUCUGGCAUGUCACCCCCCCUCCCCCGAACACAAGAGAAAGAGUUCUUUACAUAGUCAUUUAUUUAAAAAAAAUACAGUCCAGUCAUGUGUGCUGCUAUGUAUUAUACUACUUUUAAAAGUAAUUGAGUUGAAUUGAAAAAAAUCUGGAAUGCACUCCAUUUGAUUUGAUUAAUAUCAAUGAAUGACUUUUUUGUUGCUGAGUUUUAAUGGAUAAGUGCAGGAUCACAUGUUUAUUGUAUUUUUGUUCAUUCGUUUUCUUUGGUAACUGAUGAUGAAUGCUGGUGCUUCACCUUUAACAUUGUGGCAUGUCACCAUUGACACGCGUGUCAUAGGUUCGCCAUCACUAGUAUAACUUGUAAGCAAAACAUCAUCCAGACAACAUCCUGUGGUACAGUUAUACUCACGGUCACUUUCAGAAUUUUACAUAGCUGUGUUAAAUAUUAACUGUUCAGCUGUGUCUAAAAUGUGCAAUUCUUUGUUAUUAAAUAACAAACCAUAUGAGGUACAGCAGUGCUUACUUGCUGCAUGUAAGGAGAAAAUGAAAAACUAGUUUUGAACCACAACUAGUGCUGUAAAUACGUUUGUUUUAACUUUGCAUGGCACUUGUAUUUUCCAUGUAUAUUUAUAAACAAUAUUAAAUGGGGUGGUCUUGCUUUAGAUUCAUAAGAUGUGUUUUUGUUUUUCCAUUUGCACAUUUUUAGCAUGACACUGAAUUUAAAUAGUGUUGUAAAGUUAACAUUUUUAGCAGAUAUCCAUUGUAAUGCUGCUUUUGGUAGCUCUGUUUGAACUUCAGUGAGAUUCCAAAGAACUUAUGGUAGUGCAUGUUGGAGGGAGUCUAUAAUACGUCUAAUAAAUUUGCUAUGAGUAUUGUA